GCUCCAUGCGACUGUCUAUGUCGGCCAUUUUGUAGGUUUUUCGGCGACUGUAACACGUGUUCUGUUGCCAAAAUGGCAGUAGCAAAGAAACCCGUGGCUAAGAAAGGCCAAUUGCAUCAAAAGACUGGCAAAAAAGGAGUCAAAGGUGGGAAAAUCCGAGGCAAGGGACAAAGAAGGAAAAUAAGCCUUAAGUUCGCCAUUGACUGCACACACCCCGCGGAAGAUAGCAUUCUAGAAGUCAGUAACUUCGAGAAGUACUUGAAAGAGCGUGUUAAAGUCGAGGGCAAAACAAAUAACCUAGGCAAUCACGUUAUCAUCGCGAGGGACAAGACCAAGAUCGUCAUCAAUGCGGACAUUCCCUUCUCCAAGAGAUAUCUGAAGUACUUGACAAAGAGAUACCUCAAGAAGAACAAUCUUCGUGACUGGCUCAGAGUCGUUGCAUCUUCUCACGACUCAUACGAGCUUCGUUACUUCAACAUCAACGCUGACAGCGACAAUGAGGACAAUGAAGAUUAACCUGUUGCUAUAAUAAAAUAAUUUAUAACUA